CCAAAACAGAUAUCAAAUGGAUUGAUAACUCAAAGAUUAUAUUGAAGUGCAUUUGCAUUUCAUGAUCUGAAAAAAAACAACCCAUUCUUGGAUUCUGAAUCCCAAGGUCAAGGUAAUUAGAAGACUAUAAACUGCUGUUAAUAGAAAAUUUUGGCAUAUAAACCAGAUAAGGGGGGCUAUUAAGAUUGGUCCUCUCUUUGGCUCAAAGAGAGAGACCAUAUGAAGAAUUGUGAUAUUUGGGUUUGAACACAUUGAUUCUCUUCAAGUGCAUUUGUUGUUGGCAUUGGAAAAGGGGGAGUUUUAGGAUAUGAGCUCAGUUUGUGGGGAUGAGGGGUUCCCUCCCCAAUUGAAUGACCAGGGUUCAAGUGCACAUGAAGAGAAGAUCUAUGUUUCAAUCAGGGUUAGGCCUCUGAAUGACAGAGAGAUUUCGAGGAAUGAUGUUGCAGAUUGGGAAUGCAUUGAUAGUACCACCAUUUUGUUCAAGAAUGCUCAAGGGGAACGUUCCUCCCUCCCAACAACCUACCAAUUUGAUAGAGUAUUUGGGCGUGAAUCCUCCACGAGAGAGGUGUAUGAUGAGGCUGCCAAAAGAGUUGUUCUUUCAGUUCUAAGCGGCAUGAAUGCGAGUAUUUUUGCAUAUGGACAGACAAGCAGCGGGAAGACAUAUACGAUGUCUGGUGUCACUGAGUAUGCGAUGCAAGAUAUAUUUGACUAUAUCGAAAAGCGUAGUGACAGAAGAUUCGUGCUGAAAUUCUCCGCUAUAGAGAUCUAUAAUGAAGUGGUGAGAGACCUCCUUAGCACCGAUAAUACUCCACUCAGACUCCUUGAUGAUCCAGAGAGAGGAACUGUUGUGGAGAAACUUUCAGAAGUGAUGCCGAGGGACCAGAGCCAUCUAAGUGAACUCUUGUCUAUCUGUGAAGCUCAAAGACAAAUAGGAGAGACAUCUCUGAACGGAAUGAGUUCCAGAUCUCAUCAGAUUUUGCGGUUGACGAUUGAAAGUUCUGCAACCCAAUCUCAUUCUCGAAACAAUAACACUCUAUCAGCUGCAGUGAAUUUUAUUGAUCUUGCGGGGAGCGAGCGUGCUUCACAAACAUUAUCAGCUGGAACGAGACUGAAAGAAGGUUGCCACAUAAACCGCAGCUUGCUGUCACUUGGAACUGUUAUUCGUAAACUGAGCAAAGGAAGAAAUGGGCACGUCCCUUACAGAGACUCCAAGCUAACUCGCAUUCUACAACACUCGUUAGGAGGCAAUGCUAGAACCGCCAUCAUUUGCACAAUGAGCCCCGCGCAUACCCAUGUUGAGCAGUCGAGAAACACUCUCUUGUUCGCUACGUGUGCUAAACAAGUUGCAACGAAAGCACGGGUCAAUGUGGUGAUGUCCGAUAAGGCGUUAGUGAAACAGCUGCAGAAAGAAUUGGCGAGAUUGGAAAGUGAACUGAGGGCACUAAGAUUGCGUUCUAUGGAUGAAAAUUCUGCUUUAGUACUCAAGGAGAAGGAAGUUGUCAUUGAAAAGAUGGAGAAAGACAUGAGGAAUUUGAUGAUGCAACGCGACAUAGCUCAAUCUCGGAUUCAGAAUCUGUUACGUUCGAGACCAUGGGGGGAGAUGAGUUACAAUUCAGAAACCUCGGAGUACCCAGCAUCUGAAGCUUCAGCCACGCCUUCUCAGAUGGAUGCUGCAGCCAGAAUGUCGAGCUUUUCUGACAGAUUCGAAGCUGUUACUGAGGCUUGUGAUGACUCGUUUCUCUCGGAUGACACCUCUCCGAGGCACUUCAUCGACAAGUAUUUUGGGCCCGACCCAUCCAAGGAUUGGCACAUUGCCACUCAUAAAUCUUCUCAGAGUUUUGCAGAUAGCUGCAGCAGAGAAGUUCAAUUUGUCGAAAUGGAAUCCACUGCAGGAAGCAUAGAUUUCACCGUGGCCUCCUCCGAGUAUGGAGAUUAUCAAGAUGAUAUUGAAACCAUGGGAUACUCGCCUUUUUCUGAAACUGGUGUCUCGUGCUCGAGUAAUAUGCAAAAGACAAGAAGCUGUAAAUCUUUGCUGGCUGUGGUUCAUGGGAAACAGGAAAAUGGGGUGGCAAGUCGUAAGCUUGGAAAACAGUUCUCGGGGAAACUGAUAGGUUCUGAUAAGAAGGUUACUCGUUCUAGAGCUGCAUCUGACAGUGGCAUGGUCUUAGCUACGGGAUUCAAUCGUGGUGCCAAUGAUGAAUCCUCGGAUGUUAAGGGACACAACGUUAAGGUAUCCAUGGACGCGGGAUUCAAUUCUGCUGCCAAUGAUGAAUCCUUCAAUGUUAAGGGGCACAAUGUUAUGGUAUCUAUGAACAUAGGAUUCAAUUCUGCUGCCAAUGAUGAAUCCUCGGACGUUAAGGGACACAAUGUUAAGGUAUCUAUGGAUACCGGAUUCAUUUCUCCCACCAAUGAUGAAUCCUCGGAUGUUAAGGGACACAAGUUUAAGGUAUCCAUGGAUGCAGGAUUCAAUUCUCUUGUCAAUGAUGAAUCCUCGGAUGUUAAGGGACACAAUGUUAAGGUAUCCAUGGACGCGGGAUUCAAUUCUGAUGCCAAUGAUGAAUCCUCUGAUGUUAAGGGACACAACAUUAAGGUAUCCACGGACGAUGCCACUGCUCGUGAGGCAACAUUUGUUGCAGCAUCAAACGAAGACGCUAAACUUUGCCACACAAAUGAAGAUGUUAGCUCUGGCAAGAUGUUCACUGCAGAUUCUAACCGUGUUGCUGCCAAUGAUGGCUCGUUGGAUGUAAAGGAACACGAAUUUAAGACAUCAAUGAAUAAUGCCACUAUGUGUGAAGUAUUAUUUACAACAAAGCCAAAUGAAGACGCCAAAGGUAUGCCCGAGAAGCAAAAUUGUAAUGAAAACGAAGAUCUCAAACCGGUGGCUGAGAAGCAAUUCUGUGAUGAAAACGAAGAUCUCAAGCCUGUGCCCAAGAACCAACUCUUGAUUGAUAUGCUCCACGAAGACGAACCAAAACGCAAGCCAUUGGCAGAAGUUGCCAAUGCUGGUGCGGUUCCAGCAACUGAUUUGCAGCAAACGCCUUCCGAGUGGCCACAGGAAUUCGAGAGGCAGAGAAGCGAGAUCAUCCAGCUUUGGGACGCAUGCCACGUGCCAUUAGUCCACCGAACAUAUUUCUUCCUUCUCUUCAAAGGAGAUCCAUCAGACGCGGUUUACAUGGAGGUGGAGUUCAGGCGAUUAUGUUUUCUCAAGAACUCGUGGUCUCGGGGAGAAAGAGUGGUAAAAGACGGCCAAAUUUUAACCGAGGCUGCAAGCAUAAAAGCUUUAAAGCGCGAAAGGGACAUGCUGUGCAAGCAGAUGGUGAGGACAUUCUCUGCAAGCGAGAGGAACGACAUGUUUCAGCAAUGGGGGAUCGGGCUAAACUCGAAGCAAAGGAGGCUGCAGCUGUGCAAUAAGCUGUGGAAGAACACGAAAGACGUGGAGCAUCUGAAGAAAAGUGCAGCGCUCGUCGCAAAACUAGUCGGGAUCAUAGAGCCAAACGCGGCAUCAAAGGAGAUGUUUGGACUCAGCUUUGCUCCCCAGCCUAUGAGCCUCAGAUCCUUCAGCUGGGCACCAAGAAUGCCUUUCAUCAACUAAGGCUAGUUUGGCACAAAAACAAUAUCUGAUGGCCAUGGUUUUCCAUCACUUGUUUCUUAGCAUCCUAGCCAUUGCUGAGUAUUUUUUUUUUUUUUUCCUUUUGGCAUACCAGCAAAAGCUAUGAAGGUGAUAUAAGGUGUAUAAUCAAAUAUGAUCCCAUUCCCAUUCCUUGUAAUUUCAUUCUGCGUAACAACAUUGUGACUUCAUAGAUUCUUGAAAGAGCCCUUUCAGCUGUGUAUAGUCAAUUUUUCAUGUUGCCAUGUU